AGGAGGGGGCCGGAGGAGGGGCAGCAGUUUAGGAAGAGGAGGGAAUGGCUGUCAUCAAUGAAGUCAUGUUCGUAAUCUAGUCCCUCGCUCCGGUUCCGCACUCUGGUGACUCACCGAGGGGGAGAGGAGCGACAUCCAGCACGGCGCUCCGCGCGGGCGGAAGAGCUGUUCUGCUAAUUGAAAAGGAGACAGAAAAUAGAUGUCCACACCUACAGACCCUGGCGCCAUGCCUCAUCCUGGUCCUUCCCCUGGACCAGGACCUUCACCUGGACCAAUUCUAGGACCCAGCCCAGGACCAGGGCCAUCUCCUGGCUCAGUUCACAGCAUGAUGGGGCCAAGUCCUGGUCCACCCAGUGUCCCGCAUCCAAUGCCAUCAAUGGGGCCUACUGAUUAUCCACAGGAAGGCAUGCCCCAAAUGCAUAAGUCUAUUGAUGGCUUGCAUGAAAAAGGGAUGGUUGAAGAUGUUCAUUGUGGCUCCAUGAAGAGUAUGCGACCUCCCCACCCUGGAAUGGGCCCACCUCAGAGUCCAAUGGACCAGCAUAGUCAAGGUUACAUGUCUCCACACCCUUCUCCGCUAGGAGCACCAGAGCAUGUGUCCAGUCCAAUGUCUGGAGGAGGUCCAACUCCACCCCAAAUGACUCCCAGCCAGCAAGGACCCAUUAUGCCAGGAGACCCGCAAGCUAUGAAUCAGCCUAACAGAGGUCCUUCGCCUUUCAGCCCUGUACAGCUGCAUCAGCUGCGGGCUCAGAUUCUAGCAUACAAAAUGCUAGCUAGAGGUCAGCCUUUACCAGAAAACCUUCAGCUUGCUGUUCAGGGCAAGAGGACACUCCCUGGCAUUCAACAGCAGCAGCCUCCUAAUGCCUUCAACAGACAGUCUGGGAUUGGAUUACAUACAAUGAGUGGUGCUGCAACUGGACCAGGCCCUGCUCCAGGGAUGCCUGGGCAUACAGCUACCAUUACCCCUAAAACUUGGACAGAAGGCCAAGCCCCAGACAUGAGUGUCUCUAAUGCACAGCAGAAGCUUCCUGCUGCACCCCCAAGUGGGAGGCCUUCUCCUGCCCCCACUGCUGCCCAGCCAGCUGCCGCCAUGCCUGGGCCUUCUGUACCACAGCCACCACCUGGACAGCCUUCACCCAUUAUUCAGCUGCAGCAAAAGCAGAAUCGCAUCAGUCCUAUCCAGAAGCCACAAGGGUUGGAUCCUGUUGAAAUACUCCAAGAACGUGAAUAUAGGCUUCAGGCUCGAAUUGCUCACAGAAUCCAGGAACUGGAGAACUUGCCUGGUUCUCUGCCCCCUGAUCUGCGAACCAAAGCUACAGUGGAGUUGAAGGCACUUAGGUUACUGAAUUUCCAGCGCCAGCUAAGACAAGAGGUGGUAGCUUGUAUGCGACGUGACACAACACUGGAAACAGCCCUGAAUUCCAAAGCUUACAAACGAAGCAAGCGUCAGACUUUGAGGGAGGCCAGGAUGACGGAAAAGCUUGAGAAACAGCAGAAGAUAGAGCAGGAGAGGAAGCGUAGGCAAAAGCAUCAGGAAUACCUGAAUAGCAUAUUGCAGCAUGCUAAAGAUUUUAAAGAGUACCACCGAUCAGUUGCUGGGAAAAUUCAGAAACUUUCUAAAGCUGUGGCAACUUGGCAUGCCAACACUGAGCGUGAGCAGAAGAAAGAAACCGAGAGAAUUGAGAAGGAAAGAAUGAGGAGACUAAUGGCUGAAGAUGAAGAAGGCUACCGUAAGCUAAUUGACCAAAAGAAAGAUAGGCGCCUGGCCUACCUAUUGCAGCAGACAGAUGAGUAUGUGGCUAACUUGACUAACCUGGUAUGGGAGCAUAAACAGGCACAAGCAGCCAAAGAGAAGAAGAAGAGAAGGAGAAGAAAGAAGAAGGCUGAAGAAAAUGCAGAGGGAAUGGCAUCUGGUCUUGGUCCUGAUGGAGAGCCCAUAGAUGAGAGCAGUCAGAUGAGUGACCUUCCAGUCAAAGUGACUCAUACUGAAACAGGCAAAGUUCUUCUUGGCCCAGAAGCACCAAAAGCAAGUCAGCUGGAUGCUUGGCUGGAAAUGAACCCUGGCUACGAAGUUGCUCCCAGGUCAGACAGUGAAGAUGAAAGUGGAUCUGAAUAUGAGGAGGAGGAUGAUGAAGAAGAAUCAAGCAGAUUAGAAGCAGAUGAGAAGAUACUCCUGGAUCCUAACAGCGAGGAAGUUUCUGAGAAAGAUGCAAAGCAAAUCAUUGAGACAGCCAAACAAGAUGUGGAUGAUGAAUAUAGCAUGCAGUAUAGUGCUAGAGGGUCUCAGUCCUAUUACACUGUUGCUCAUGCGAUCACAGAGAGAGUGGAAAAGCAGUCUUCUCUACUUAUUAAUGGCACUCUAAAACAUUACCAGCUCCAGGGACUGGAAUGGAUGGUUUCACUCUAUAAUAACAAUCUGAAUGGAAUUUUAGCUGAUGAAAUGGGACUAGGAAAAACAAUACAGACUAUUGCACUCAUCACUUACCUGAUGGAGCACAAAAGACUCAACGGCCCAUAUCUCAUCAUUGUUCCCCUUUCGACUUUAUCAAAUUGGACAUACGAAUUUGACAAAUGGGCUCCGUCUGUGGUGAAGAUAUCUUACAAGGGCACACCUGCAAUGCGCCGUUCACUUGUUCCUCAGCUUCGAAGUGGAAAAUUUAAUGUUCUCUUAACCACUUAUGAGUACAUAAUAAAGGACAAACAUAUCCUUGCUAAGAUUCGAUGGAAAUACAUGAUAGUAGAUGAAGGCCAUCGAAUGAAGAACCAUCACUGCAAACUGACUCAGGUCUUGAAUACUCACUAUGUGGCCCCUAGGAGAAUACUGCUGACUGGGACUCCAUUGCAGAACAAAUUGCCUGAACUUUGGGCCCUUCUCAAUUUCCUCCUUCCAACCAUUUUCAAGAGCUGCAGCACCUUUGAACAGUGGUUCAACGCUCCAUUUGCUAUGACUGGAGAAAGGGUGGACUUAAAUGAGGAAGAGACUAUUCUGAUCAUCCGUCGUCUCCACAAAGUGCUCCGACCCUUCUUGCUGAGAAGGUUGAAGAAAGAAGUUGAAUCUCAACUGCCAGAAAAGGUGGAAUAUGUGAUCAAAUGUGAUAUGUCAGCGCUUCAGAAGAUCCUGUACCGCCACAUGCAAGCCAAGGGAAUCCUUCUCACAGAUGGUUCUGAAAAAGACAAGAAGGGGAAAGGUGGGGCAAAAACUCUUAUGAACACUAUCAUGCAACUGAGAAAGAUAUGCAAUCACCCAUACAUGUUUCAACAUAUUGAGGAGUCCUUUGCUGAACAUUUAGGCUACUCAAAUGGUGUCAUCAAUGGAGCCGAACUUUAUCGGGCCUCAGGGAAGUUUGAGCUGCUCGAUCGUAUUCUACCAAAAUUACGAGCUACUAACCAUCGUGUGCUCCUUUUCUGUCAAAUGACAUCACUCAUGACCAUUAUGGAAGACUAUUUUGCCUUUCGAAAUUUCCUUUACCUACGUCUUGAUGGCACAACAAAAUCGGAGGAUCGAGCUGCUCUGUUGAAGAAGUUCAAUGAACCUGGGUCACAAUACUUUAUCUUCUUGCUAAGUACAAGGGCUGGAGGGCUAGGCUUAAAUCUCCAGGCUGCUGACACUGUCAUAAUCUUUGAUAGUGACUGGAAUCCUCACCAGGACUUACAAGCCCAAGACAGAGCUCACCGAAUUGGUCAGCAGAAUGAAGUUCGGGUCCUGCGACUGUGCACUGUGAACAGCGUGGAAGAGAAGAUACUUGCUGCUGCAAAGUAUAAGCUGAAUGUAGAUCAAAAAGUCAUUCAGGCUGGAAUGUUCGAUCAGAAAUCUUCAAGCCAUGAAAGGAGAGCCUUCCUACAGGCUAUAUUAGAGCACGAAGAAGAAAAUGAGGAGGAAGAUGAAGUUCCUGAUGAUGAGACUCUGAAUCAGAUGAUUGCUCGACGAGAGGAGGAAUUUGAUCUCUUUAUGCGCAUGGACAUGGACCGUCGCAGGGAGGAUGCAAGAAACCCCAAGCGUAAGCCCCGCUUGAUGGAGGAAGAUGAAUUACCAUCUUGGAUUAUUAAGGAUGAUGCUGAAGUUGAAAGGCUUACAUGUGAAGAAGAAGAGGAGAAAAUAUUCGGAAGAGGAUCCCGUCAACGCAGGGAUGUGGACUACAGUGAUGCUCUUACAGAGAAACAGUGGCUGCGGGCAAUUGAAGACGGCAACUUGGAAGAAAUGGAAGAGGAAGUCCGGCUUAAAAAAAGGAAGAGACGAAGAAAUGUGGACAAAGAUUCUGGAAAGGAGGAGGGAGAGAAAGCAAAGAAAAGAAGAGGGAGACCUCCUGCAGAGAAGUUGUCACCCAACCCACCCAAACUGACAAAACAAAUGAAUGCAAUCAUUGAUACUGUGAUAAACUACAAGGAUAGUUCAGGACGUCAGCUAAGUGAAGUCUUCAUUCAGCUCCCUUCUAGGAAAGAACUACCAGAGUAUUAUGAAUUGAUUAGGAAACCAGUCGACUUCAAAAAAAUAAAGGAAAGAAUUCGCAAUCAUAAAUAUCGAAGUCUUGGAGACUUGGAGAAAGAUGUCAUGUUGCUGUGCCACAAUGCUCAGACAUUCAAUUUGGAGGGAUCACAGAUCUAUGAGGAUUCUAUUGUUCUUCAGUCUGUGUUCAAAAGUGCACGACAGAAGAUUGCCAAAGAAGAAGAAAGUGAGGAUGAAAGUAACGAUGAUGAAGAAGAAGAAGAAGACGAAGAAUCAGAAUCAGAAUCAAAAUCUGUGAAAGUCAAAAUCAAGUUAAAUAAGAAGGAGGAAAAAACUCGGGAGAAGGGAAAAGGCAAGAAGAGGCAAAGCCGAGCCAAAGCCAAGCCUGUUGUGAGUGAUGAUGAUAGUGAUGAGGAUCAAGAUGAAAAUAUGAAAAACUGAUGGCUUGACAUUUUUUUUUUUCCUUUGGUGGGUGCUUCUACUAUUGCAACAAAUGAAAACAGAGCUCUUCCAAGUUGUUAAAUGUCUGCAUAGAAAGAAAGAUCUGGUGUUUCCUGACUCUGUGUCUUCCCUUCUCUAAAGAAGUCGACAGCAAUUUAAUGAAAUGUCAUGAAAAAGAAAUGUUAUAUAACAUCAUACCUUUCUUAAGGCUAUCUUGAUUUGACAGUUUAAUUGUAAUUUUUCUUCCUGUUACUUUCUUUUUUCCUUUCUUUUUUUUUCAUUUUUUUUUCCUUCUUUAACAAAUUGCACAGCAUAGCUGGCAAAGAAUUUCUGACUUGUCUUGUGUCUCUUACCUCUAGGACCAGUCGGAAGCAAGCGGAAGUGAUGAUGAGUGAUCCAUAGGGUUUAUUUUCUUGGCAGAACUGACCCCUUCCCCUUUUCUUCUCCCUUCUCCUAUUUUACACCCAGUAAAUACAGUUUGUCAAAUAGACAUUGGGUUGUUUCUGUAUCCUUACUCUCUAUAAAUUAGCUUUAGGAUAGUGCCAGACAAACAUAUGAUAUCAUGGUGUAAAAAAGCAAAAAAUGUAACAUACUGUGACCAAAUGGGCCGCAAAAGAUUUAAGAACAAAAGAACAGCAAAAAACCUUUUGAUGGAAAAUGUGGGUUGAUAGUAUAUUUCUAUGGGCUGGUUUUAACUUGGUAAUGGUUUGAUUGUGCCUGGUUUUAUCAUUUGAUAGAAUGUUUUUCAGUGGCAUUGGAAAGAAAAAAAAAAGUUUUGUAGCAUUGAUAACCAGGAAAAGCCAUUAAAAGCCACUGGUUAUUUUAUUUUUCAUCAGGCAGUUUUCAAAGUUUUUAUUUGUUCUGUAUUGGAUUUUUACACUGUGGUACAUAUAUGCAACUUUGUUUAAUAGCUUAUAAAUGUACAGUAGUUAGCCUUCAUCUACUUUGUCCGAUGUGCAUUUUUACACUUUAUGCUUGAUGAUCUUCAGAAAAACGCUUUUUGAAUUGUAUCAAAAUUAUGCCUACUGUAAACUUUGCUUAACUUUUUCUCCUUGAUUAAAAAAGUUGGGUUAAAAAAAAUGCUAUUGAAUAUUGCAAUCUAUAUAGUGUAAUGGAUGGCUUCUUUCAUCAGACUGAUCUUCUAUGUUACCAAUGUGGAUUAUCACCUUUCCCUAAAGUGUACUUAAUCUUUGCUUUCUUUGCACAAUGUCUUUGGUUGCAAGUCAUAAGCCUGAGGCAAAUAAAAUUCCAGUAAUUUUGAAGAA